UGGUAUUAUCCAACAUGGCGGCCACGAUAGGUUUACCAAAUGGUAUGGGAAGGUACGUUUGUCAGCUACAAAGAGUCACUUUAAACUACUGUAGAGCUGGUGGAAGUAGUAGAGGACUAAGAGACUUCAUCGACCAAAAUGUGGUGUCCUUUGCUAAAAGUAAUCCACAAGUUGCAGUGUACGUUAGGGAAAGAAAUGGUAAACAUCCAAGAAUAGUAGCAAAUUAUUUAAAUGGUAAUAGCAAGAUCAUAGACAUCAAGAAUAUGGAAAUAGAAGAUAUCAGAAAAUGGCUGGAAAGACUGCGUGGAGAAUCUGGAGUAAAAAUAGAGAAAAUAAGAAAACCUUGGCAUACAGACAAUCCUUCUAUACAAGGCACAUGGACACCAUUUACCAACAAACCUUCAUUGAAAAUGUAGUCAUUCUCACUGUAGAUGUAAAAAACUGGAAUGUAAAGGAGUCUAUGUUUGAAAGGGAACGAAUGCGCAGUUUUGACAUUCCUUUAGUAGUGACAAAUGGUUAUUCAAACAACCAGGGAACAUGGACACCAUUUACCAACAAACCCUCAUUGAAUAUGUAGUCAUUCUCACUGUAGAUGAAGGAGUCUAUGAAGGGGAACAACUGCCCACUUUUUACAUUUAGUAGUGACAAAUGGUUAUUCAAACAACCAGGGAACAUGGACACCAUUUACUGACAAACCUUUGAAAAUUUUUCCUGCAUACUAGUUUUUAGUAACUCCCUACUCAUCUGAUGAUAAUAAUGAUCAUGUUCUUACAAAUGAGGAUUUCUAUAUUUUGUUUUAUUAUAUUUUUCAUAUUAUGUCAUACAGUACAUGGCAUUUAUCAAUAGACCCAUUCCGCUUGGGCACAAUGCCUUCCCAUUUUCAGACCAUGUGUCAUUCUCUUAAGAAUAAGAUUCUUUGUUUGAGUUCUAUCCAUAUUUUCUAUAUUUUGUUUUAUUAUAUUUUUCAUAUUAUGUCAUACAGUACAUGGCAUUUAUCAAUAGACCCAUUCCGCUUGGGCACAAUGCCUUCCCAUUUUCAGACCAUGUGUCGUUCUCUUAAGAAUAAGAUUCUUUGUUUGAGUUAUAUCCAUAUUCAUGUGUCUUCUCGUGUGCAACUGUUAAACAAAGAAAUAAUACUCUAAGGAACAACACGUGGUCUGAGAUGGUAAAACAUAAUGCCCAAGCUCAAGGUCUAUUUUCGGUUAUGAUUAUUUUUGUUUAUCAAUUUUUUUUUGAUUCUUUAGUAUUCCGAGGUAGAUGAAAAAACUGGGUCGAGUUGGCAUUGCAGUGCAUUGUGGGAUUGUUUAGGGGAUGACAAUAGACGCCAUCUUCGAAAUAUGUCCCCUAUGACAGCCCAAAAAUGCACCGCAGUGCACAGGGAACCCAGCUAUAUUUUUUUGCUUCUUUUAGAAAAGUAACUUUGCUCUUUGUGGGUUUCCUGUGUUGGGAUCGAUUUCCUAUUACAUAAGCUGUAAUCAGAUCUGCGCUCUAGAGAGUGCGUUACCAACGGUUAUUGAUUUGAAUUGAAUCGGCUAUCAGUUUACAGCUCCGAUCUGAUCACAGUGCAGAUCUGAUUACAGCUUAAAAACCGAUCACAACACAGGAAACCCACAAAAAUCAAAAAUAACCUUUCUAAAAGCAGCAAAAAAAUAUAGCCGGGUUCCCUGUGCACAGUGCCAACUCGAGCCAGUUUUUUUCUCAUAUUCCGAAUGGCUAAUAUUAUCUAUUAAUGGCAUAGUGUUCCUCCUUCAAGACCACGUAUCAAAUUUUGGAUUAUUGUCUCCAUUUUCCUCCAAAUUUAAAUUUAAGAGAGAGAAGAGUACGAUAUGCUGGGCUUUACCAAUUCCCAUCUGUGUUGCAAUCCCACAGAACUUGCAGGCCAACCCAAGUUAACCCCUAACUUCAGGUAGCUUCUCUCUUGUUAUUUGGUAUUGUUAUAAACGUUUUUACAUAGUGCUUAAAUUUCAUUUUCAUUCA